AUGGACAGUAUGCUUGCCGACAUCGCAGAGCUCCCGGGUGUCGACCCGCGCGGCUACCUGCGGGGCCCGCUGCUGCCGCGAGGCAUAUCGAAGCUGCGCGUGGUGGAUAUCCUCAACCUCUUUCUGGAAGGAGUGGUUGAGCAGAUCGAGCAACCGUCGGAUGGGAAGUCAGAGGCGGCAACUGCCAACAACUCCGCCAGUACAUCCGCGACACCUUGCACGGGCCUGUCUCUGGCAUCUUCCUCUGGACGAUCUGCGAUGAGCAGGACAUCUCAACGCCUUCACACUGCUGACGCGGCAAAGACAGGGACGGGCAAGGCAUCUUCCUAUGCGCCCCCUCUGGCUCAGACAUGCUCACCUUUGCCAAAGAAUGCGCGCAAGGGCACACCAGCAGCGAGCAGCUCGGAGCUAAGCCGGCUACGAGCAGCGCUCCAGCGGCAGCAGGCGCUGACGGCUGCGCAAGUGGCCCAGUGCCAGGAGUUCAAGGACAUGUCAGAACAGUCGAACAGCGAGCUGGUCAGUGUGGAAGGCGAGGCCCGUGAGCUGCGCGACGAGGUGGCACGGCUUUCACGGCAGAACAAGCAGCUCCUGCUUCAACUUCGGCAGCAGCGUCUGAAACAUCAGCAAGAGCUGAAGCUGUGGCAAUCCCGAUGUGGCGAGCUCAGUGAAGUCGAGGCAGAAGAGGGCGGCACGGCCUCGAGCUUGCUGUCCUACCUGCGAGGCGCCUCUGAGCAGCAAGAUAGCCAAUUGCAGCAUGAUCUGUCGGCUCAAUCUGCGGAGACCGUACAGUGCAUGAAGUCCACCCUGCGCAACCUCUUGCUGGAGCACUUCGGCCAAGACGGUUUCACCGACACGCCGUCUCGGCCGGGUCAUGCGGAAGCCUGCGUGGCGAGACAUGUGAAGCGACUCUGGACGGUCCUGCAUCAACUUUGGUCCGCCGACUCCCUGGUUGAAGAUGCGGUGGAGGAGAUGUUUCACAGCUCAGCCCUGCUUCGGAGGUCACCGUGGUCGCCAAAGUCAGAAGAUUGCAGCUGGCCUGAGGUGGCAACCAGGGCGGAGACGCAAGUCACGAACUUCCUGGAGAAGAUGGAGAGGCUGUCCGCUCGCAGCGGAGACCGUGACGGUUCCGAGUCACCAGUCUACC